AUGCGACCGGAGAACGUCAUCGCCGCAGGCGCCGCGUACCUAGCUAGAGCGCGCCUAGCGGCGGGCCGGGUGCAGCCCGGCUCGCCGUCUGCUCCCCUAGCUCGGCUCGAUGCCAACAGGGGCAAAUCUGAUGAAGUUGUUACUUCAGAGAAAGUUUUACUUGUACCUGAACCUGUGAAUGAAGAAAGCAGCCUUGCUACAUUAAAACUGACAACGACAGAUAACUCUGCCAGAAUCAAUUCAGAACACAAUUAUUGCCGACUGCAGAAGAAGGCGAUACAUAAAAACAAUAAUAAUUAUCAGCAGCAGGAGUGGCCGUCAUUCUGGUUGAACCAGCUUAAAACAACAAGAAGAAAAAUUAAAGUUUUGCAAUCAAACUUGAUCAGAUCACAAAAGAAAAACAAAACCUUUCAAUCCAGAAUAGCCAAUGCUGAAAAAAUGUCUACAGAUAUUUUAUUUAAAAAACUGACGAACAAAAUGACCGUAGCAGCAAAAAUUUUCACAAAAAUGCAGUACACCCAGACAAGCAAGAGGCCUCAUGGUCGCAGAUUCUCUCUCGAAGAAAAAGUGCUCUCGCUUUCUUUAUAUAAAAAGAGUCCAAGAAGCUACCCUCUUUUGGCAAAAUAUUUCACAUUGCCUUCAACUAAAUCAUUAAAAAGACUUUUGACCAAAAUAGAAGUGAAGCCGGGCCUUAAUAAAUGCAUAUUUAUGUGGUAA